UACUUUAUCUAGUUACUUCAAAUUGGAAUUGCUUGCAUUCAGCUUCAAGGCGGUUCUUCAACUUCAUUGAUCUGCUCAAACUCUGGCUUUCGCCUUAUAGAAACUGACGAAUUCGAUUGCCAUUCGAGAUGAGAUCCUCCAAAGGCGGUGGACGAGUUGAAUCCUCCGGCCACAUCCACACUCUCCAUCGCCGCCUUCACGACGCUCUCAAUCUCGGUACAAGGUUUAAUGAACUAAACACGAGGAAAUGGAUGUGCUCGGAUAAUGAGGUACAGAGACACGUUGUUCGCUGCAUUGCAGCAUUUCUUGAAUCCGUUCCCAGGGAGUUAUGCUAUCAUCACCUCGUGAAGGAUUCAAUAGCUGAUAUUGUUUAUUCUUUGGUGUGGAUUCUUGAAGAUAAGAACGGAGCAGCUUCAAGUAUAGCAGCUGAUGUUGCUAUAAAGCUGGUCAGUGCUAUACCAAAUGCACUGUUGAAACCUUUCAUUUUAGAUAUUUCUCAUGCUCUUUCAUGCUUGCUACCUGCUCAUCAAAUACAAAUAUCUGUAGCAUGUGCUACAGCAUUGAAUUUGAUUUUUACAAAUGUACCGAGUAAAAGUGAGGAAGCACUUUGGGAGAUUCUGAAAAAGACAGAAGUUGUUCCUCAUUUGAUUGGCAUCAUUAGAGACUUUUCUGGAGCUAUGAACCCAGUUGAAUAUAUUCAACCUCUUUUUUCUCUUUUAAGUACAAUUCUCUCUCGGUGGCCUCUCUCUAGGUUUCCAGUUUGGAGUGAUGCUAAAUUGAUGGAAGCUUUGUAUGAUAUGUAUGUGAAGCCAGACUUUUCAGUUAGAGCUGAAGUUUUGAAGUUGUAUUCUGCAAUAGCUUUAUGUGGUAUUGGGGCAAAGAAGCUUUUAGAGCGUGGAGAAGCAAUUCUGCAAGAAAUGGUGGAAUGCAUGGGCAGCUCACGCCCUCAUCACAUUAGGAUUGAAGCAUUUAGACUUGCACAAUGUAUAGUGAUAAAUGAGGAGACCGGUUUGGAAAGGAUGAGUUCAUGUUGUGAACCAGUUGUCAUAGCCAUAUUAAAUGUAAUGGUUGACUGUAGCUUGCAGCCUGCAAUAGUUAGCAAUCAGCAGAUGUGCUUGCUUGAGGAGGCCAGUCGCUUGGCCUUAAUCACUCGUUGGGCUGGCCAGCAUCACAACUAUUUUUGGAAACAUAGAAUUGAUAGAGCCCUUCUUCAUCUUCUACUUGGGAAGUGUCCCAAACAAUUAUAUGGAUGCAUUUUGUCGUUGGAAGAUCAGAUACACAUUGUUCGGGAGGGUCUUAAAUCAAAUUGCUUUCCUGGAUUGAGGGUAUAUAUCUGGGAAAUUCUUGGCUGGCUUGCAACAAACUUCAAUGAAGACGUCUACUUGAACAAAAGUUCAAAUGGACUCUUAAUUGACGUACUCCUUUCAUGUGCCUGUUUGGAAUUCACUGAAUUAUUUAUGGGUUGGCGUCAAAUAUGUCAAAGUGAUGUUGUCAAUGCCUCCAAAAAUGAGUCAAUACUGAGAGCUAUUAUGAUGAUGAUUUAUUCUCCUUCCAAUUAUAUUGCAUCAAAGACCACGUCUAUGUUAACAAAGAUGCUAGAACCAAAUAUUAAGUCAUAUUUGAAGGACCUCCAGCAUACCCUGACAGGCAUUUCAUUUGGGACCAUUUCUGGAAUGCCAAAUAUUCUUAUAGUCGUGAACUUGUUAUGUUUAAUAUGUUGUGUAGGAUUGCCACAGUAUACAAUGUGGGACAAGAAUGCAGAAGGCAUGAAAGCAACGGUCUCCUUUGUUAAGUGGUGCUUGACUAACGAAGUCCAUUUAGAUAGGUUGAGCUAUUCUCCUCAUUUGCAUUUUAACUUUCAUGAGAGAACUUGCUGUCAGGGCCCUAACAAAGAAUGGGAGGGAAGAGAUGUCCUGCUUUUAUAUAGUUUUGUGGGCCUGGCUGAGUUUAUUUUACAAUUGGGUCCCUUGACAAACGAAAGAGACACAUCUUUUUUAUCAAUUGGAUUUACCGAAGAUGAGUUAAUAAGUCAGCUUCAGGAUAUCUGCAGUAGUAGUUACUCUCCUGGACUAAAGUGGUAUGCUGCAUACAUUCUUAGUUUAUUGGGUUUCUAUGGAUUUCCUAGUAAAUUUGGGAAAAAGAUUGGCAGAACACUUAAUGAUGGGAGUGACUAUUCAGACAUUCGUUUCAUUCACACGAACGGGAAGUCUCUAAAUGUCCAUGGUGUGAUUCUUGCAGCUCGGUGUGCAUCAUUGCUGCCUCCUAACUGGCUACCUGUCAAUGAGAAAGUUCCUAAUUAUUCAUCCUCCACAGAUAAAAUCUCAUCUGGAAAGAUUCAGAAAGAGGUUUGUUUAUCUUCGCAUGUUGAUGAUAAUGCAAUGGCAAAGUUACUGGAGUAUGUUUACAAGGGAUACCUACAAGCAGGGGAGGAACUUACAAAGAAGUUGAGAAGUCUUGCUAAACAUUGUAGAAUACCGACUUUGUUGCACGUACUUUGUAGAAGAAAGCCAAGGUGGGGGGCACCUUUCCCCCAUUUCAAUCUUGUGGCGGCUCUUGGUCCAGUUGGAUAUCCUUUCUCAGACAUCAUCUUGGAGGCAAAAUCAACUAAGCAGACUAGUUGGAAAUGUGAUGUUUGUGUUUUAUCUGUGCCACAUAUGCAUGUUCAUAAAGUAAUCUUGUGGUUAAGUUGUGACUAUCUUAGAGCCUUGUUACAAUCAGGAAUGAAAGAAAGCCACUCAGAAAUAAUUAAGGUUCCAGUGAGUUGGGAAGCAAUGGUUAAACUGGUGGAGUGGUUCUACUCAGAUAAGCUGCCAGAUCCUCCAUCUGAGUGUCUAUGGCAUAAUAUGGAUGACCAAGAGAAACUGAAUGAGCUCCAAUCAUAUGUAGAGCUUUGUUGGCUUGCUGAGUUCUGGUUUCUGGAAGAUCUUCAGGAACUGUGCUUGAAUCUAAUUGUAUCUUGUCUUGAUAUAGCCCAUCAUUUGUCGGUCUAUGUACUUCAAAUGGCUGGAGAUUUCUCUCUGUGGAAGUUGGCUGAAAUUUCUGCAGAUUAUAUUGCUCCAUUAUAUUCUCAACUCCGUAAUUGUAGUGAUCUUGAAGCACUAGAUGAAAGGCUUCUGAGCAUGGUUCGUGCUGCAUCCGUUCGACUUUCUCAAGAGGGUAAUUAAUACUCUGGGUUGGAGACAUCACUAAGGAUCUGUCGCAUAGGAUAGAAAAGGCCUCAUAAAUCUCACAUCCAACGUUUUAUGAAACCAUACGAGACAACAUCGGGCAUCCACAAGGAAUCUGCUUAUUGCCUAUUGCUGAUAAAUAGAUGAUUCAUGGAGAUUGAGGUGCAGUCUCAUAGAAACCAUGUACAUACUCUGCAUUGAAAAUAAUUACACCAGGGAGAUCUCUUGUAGGUAUGGUUGCCAAAAUAAUCUGAUUGCCAAUGAAGUCCACGGUCGUGCAUUUCAACUAUAACUGGUAGUGUCCCUUGCUUCCUCACCUUGACUACCGUAUUGGAAUGAGGGUCGAUGAGUUUGGCAUGUGAAAGUGUCUACAGUCUCUCGUCAAAUGCUUACAUAGCUGUGUUUGCUGUGUGACAAAUGAAGGUACUUAAACAGUUAUUUUCUCUCCCUCUUUUUGGUUCCUUCGAAUGUAGCUGAAUAUAAAUACAUAUCGUUGCAACCCUGAUUUCCUAAAUUUUUAUAUUGAUCUUUAUGCCAGAUAAUAAAAGUAGGCCCACCCGUGUACUGAAGUAUUAGGUAUUGUAGCAUUAUGAAAAAUAGUAUAUUCGGUCUGAUAUCAACAAGUAUAUUGUACAUUGUUAGUAUUGUCAAUCAAUGGGGAAACAUGAGCUCGAAAACAUCAUCUCCGAUCGACCAGUUUUUGUUUAUUUGCAGUCACUCAAUAAGGUUGUUCACUUGUUCUCUUGAA